AUGUACAACACUCAUUCCGAUGUCUGGGUUGCAGGUGCAUUUGCUGCUGUGGUAGUUGAUUUUAUUGUCUAUCCUUUCGACACUCUUAAGACUCGCGUCCAAUCCCCAGACUAUGAGAAGGUCUUCAAAGAUGCACGCACAGGAAUAGUGCGGCGUAAUGUACUCUUCCGAGGAUUGUACCAAGGCAUCUGGAGCGUAGUUUUCUCAACGAUUCCAGCCUCUGGUGCAUUCUUCACCACUUACGAAGCUGUGAAGAGCAUUAUGUACAACUCCUCAACCGGAGCUCCCACGGGGAUGACAAGCGGAAAUCGGACCAUUCCCGAUGGUUCUUUGAACAGUCUUUGCUUGCCAUUCACACACUCCCUCCCUGCCCCAGUUAUGCAUGGAAUUGCCUCUUCAUCCGGCGAAAUUGCCUCAUGCCUCAUGCUCACACCGGCAGAGGUGCUGAAACAAAACACGCAGAUGAUUCAUAGUUCCCAAGAAAAUAAAGCCGCUAUGUGGAUAGUACUUUCGCGAUUUCGACGUCAUCCUUGGCGCCUAUGGAAUGGGUAUACAGCACUGGUUGGUCGAAACCUCCCAACUACCGCUCUACAAUUUCCGCUCUUUGAGUAUGUGCGAGCGCACCUGAUUGAUCGAUGGAGACAACGGAAAGCGGCCCGCAAUAACACCGACCGACCGCUAUCGGAACAUUCAGAUCAACUAGUCGAACGGGCUGGCUUGACCGGUAUAGCUGCGGCAUUUUCGGGGACGGUCGCGGCGACUGUGACUACCCCAAUCGAUGUUAUCAAGACACGCGUAAUGCUUUCGGCAGGUGACGUGAGCGCUAGCUCCCAAGAUCAAAGUAUUCAAGCUGGGACUCGUGGUAGGGGAGCGGUAUUUUCGGAAGCGCGAACAAAGAUCAACCCUAACAAAUCUCUUUUUUCUGUCGGUCGCCAUAUCAUACAUUAUGAAGGAAUCCAUGGUUUGUUCAAGGGUGGACUGAUACGGGCUGGUUGGACGACUAUUGCGUUGGGCCUUUAUCUCAGCCUCUAUGAAGGUGGCCGAUUUUAUCUGGAGAAUCGACGGAAGGAGCGAGACCGUGUCAGUGGGAGAUUUGGAAAGCAAUCUGAUGAGGGUGAGGAUGUUGUUUAG